ACAGAUACGAUGCAGGGAAAGACGGCUUCAUUGACCUGAUGGAGCUGAAGCUGAUGAUGGAGAAGCUGGGGGCUCCACAGACACACCUGGGCCUGAAGAACAUGAUCAAGGAGGUGGAUGAAGACCUGGACAGCAAGCUCAGCUUUCGAGAGUUCCUGCUGAUUUUCCGGAAGGCAGCAGCAGGAGAGCUGCAGGAGGACAGCGGGUUGCACGCCCUGGCCCGUCUCUCCGAGAUCGACGUCUCCACGGAGGGGGUGAAAGGCGCCAAGAACUUCUUCGAGGCCAAGGCACAAGCCAUCAACGAAGCCAGCCGCUUUGAGGAGGAGAUCAGGGCGGAGCAGGAGGAGAAGAAGAAGCAGGCGGAGGAGCUGAAGCAGAGGAAGGCGGCCUUCAAGGAGCUGCAGUCCACCUUCACGCAGUGACGGGGCUGGGCAGGACUGGUCAGCGGUGCCCAGGCUGGGAACGCUGCAUGUGGCACACGAUAACCAUGCUGGGAGCGGUGCCAGAGCCACGUGCUGCUCCAGCUGCCAGCGAGAUCCCGGCGCGGGCUCGGCACAGCGCCCGCCUUGCUGGCAGAGCCCGGUCGGCCCCAGCUCCCCCCUCCCCUCUUGCUGUGGUGUCUGUAGGUGUUGUUUGUGCCCCCCCAUCCCCAGCAUGCCCCCCACCCUGAGCAGCCCCUGUUCCAUGCCCGCAGCUGCGCCGGGGGUUGCUGCUGCUGAGUCUCAGGGGAGCCGUGUCCGGAAUGCCCGUCCCUGGGACACCUGUGCCUGGACUGUUGUCUGUUGUUGUGUGCACUGGGAAGUUUGCAGGAUGGGGGCUUGCCCAGGUGGCCAUGGUGGGUGUUGUGGUGGCCACACUGGCUCAGUGUCUGUUGGUAUUGCCACGUGUCACGGAUGACAAAGGCCGUGGCAAGUGCCGGGUGCUGGCAGACGGGCUCUGUGUGUGUGUGUGUGUGUGUGUGUGUGUGUGUGGUGCUGGGGGGUGGGUGCCCACCCUGCUGGCAUGGAGCCCCCAGGAGCUGUGUCUCUCUUUGUUUUGGUCGAAGACAUGCAGAAAGGCAGCUGCUGGCUCGUGGGGCUGUAUUGUGUUUUUUCAUGUUGUAUUCAGCCCGGGAGGGUGAGCAUGGUGGCCACAAGUGGUUGCCAUCAUCAUCAUUGAGGCUCCUCUGUUGGUGGGUGGCUGUAAAGACCCACAUUUGUCCCACACUGUCCCCGAGUGGCGAUAUAGGGGGUGUGUUAUGUUUUUUUUAAUUUAAUCCCAAAUAAAUAUUAUAUUUCUUAA